AUGGCAUCAUCACCACUCGGCAACAACAACGACGAUUUUAACAACGAGAAUGAAAGCUCAAAGAAGAAGCAAACCGUCUGCGUGAUUGGCGCCGGCAUCAGCGGUUUAUCCGCCGCCUAUCUGCUCCACCAAUCGAACGCAUUCGCGGUCACGGUGUACGAGUCCGAACCCACCGCCGGCGGGCACGCGUUGACGCGGGAGAAGUCAAAACACGCCGGAGAAUUGGACGUUGAUUUAGGAUUUCAAGUGUUCAAUUUGACCACGUAUCCACACUUGGUCGGUUUGUUCGAGGAGUUGCGCGUGAAACACGAGCAAAGCGACAUGAGUUUCUCGUUACAAAGCGAAAGGACGGAGUGGGGGAGUUUAGGAUUAAGUGGGAUCUUCGCGCAAAAACGGAACCUGAUCAAUCCAAAGUUUUGGAACAUGAUACGGGAGAUUCUUAAGUUCAAGAAAGUGAAACACGACGUGUUGAGCGGCUCAAAGAAGGAAUAUUGGGAGAAGAAAACGUUGGGGGAAUAUUUGCGGGAAAACGGGUAUUCGGAUUACUUCCGCGACCACUACGUGUUGCCGAUGUGCGCGGCUAUUUGGAGCUGUAACGAUAAAGACGCGCUCGGGUUUCCUCUGAAACCGCUGAUUACAUUUUGGGCGAAUCACCACUUGUUGGAGAUCUUUGAACGACCGGUGUGGAGGGUGGUGAAAGGCCGGUCGAAGGCGUACGUGGAGGCGGUUUUGAAGGCGUUGCCGGACGGGUGCGUGAAGACGGGGAGGUACGUGCACACGGUGCACAGAUAUUUCGACGACGCUUCGAAAUCGAGAAUUAAAGUGAAAACGACAGAAACUAAGAAAGCGGCGACCGGGGAGCAAACGAAGGAGAAGUUUGACCACGUGAUUUUUGCCUGUCACGCGCACCAAGCGUUGGCGAUGAUUGGCAAAAACGCCACGGAGAAAGAGUUGGAGAUUUUAUCGAAUUUUCGCACGACGAGGAACGAGGUCGUGUUACACGACGACCCGCAGUUUAUGCCAAAAAAUCGAAGCGCGUGGGCGAGUUGGAACUGCAAAUCUAUCGGAAAGAAGGGCGAGAACGAUUCCGUGUGCGUAACGUAUUGGGUGAACUUGUUGCAAAAUUUACCUAAAGGCGCGAAGGACGUGUUUGUGACGCUCAAUCCGACCGAGAAAAUCGACGAGGAAAGGGUGGAGUUUAAGAAAUACUUAGGCCACCCGGUGUUUAACGAGAACGCGAUCAAGGCGCAAGAGGAUUUGAAGAGUCGCUUACAAGGUGAAAACAACACGUGGUUUACCGGCGCGUGGUUGAGAUACGGGUUCCACGAAGACGGCAUACACUCGGCGGUGGAGAUGUGCAAGAAACUUUUAGGAAAAGACGACGUGGUUCCAUGGAUGCCUAGAUUUGACGUCGAGCCGAAACAAUCUUUGCUCGGUUCAGCGUUUAUGAGCAUGUUCCAAACGAUUGCCGGGAAAUGGAUGCCGCCGAAUGCGAAAUUGACGUUUACGUUACCCACCGGCGUUGAUUUUUCCAUCUCCGGGAAGAGGGACAAGAGUAAACCAGUCCCAGACGAAGUUCGUUUGACCAUAUUUAGCGAAGAUAUGUUCAAGCAGUGCAUCACGAGACAGGACAUCGGACUUGGUGAGGCGUACAUGAACAACGAUUUCUCCGGCGACGUGAUGGCGUUUUUGGAUUUGAUUUGUUCCGGCCACCCGUCGAAGCAGGAAAAAUCAAACAGGAAGAAAGGUUUGUCCAAUCCAAAAAAGAAUUGGUUCAACCCGAAAGAGCUGGUGGCGGCAAUCUUGUCCAUCCUUGGUGGCGCCGCGGAAAUGGCCGCGCACAAAGCGUUAUCGAACACCAAGGAAGGGUCGAAGAAGAACAUCGAGUACCACUACGACGCCGGGAACGCGUUUUAUUCCUUGUUCUUAGACAACACGUUGUUGUAUUCGUCCGCGGUGCACGUGAAGAACGCGGACGGAACGCCCGCGGAGUUGAACGGCGACGAUAACAUGUACAUUGAUAAGCUUCUCAUGAAUGGCAACCGAGAAAUGACGUUCGAGGAGAAAGAAAUUCACCUCGAGCAAUCUCAAUACGAUAAAAUCGACGCCAUGAUUGCUCGCCUCGACUUUAAGAAAACCGAUGAGGUUCUCGAAAUUGGCUGCGGGUGGGGCCAACUCGCCAUUCGCUUGGCGACAAAAAUUGGGUGUAAAGUCACUGGGUUGACGUUGUCCAAAGAGCAAGCCGCAGAAGCGCGCGCGCGAGUGGCUAAAUUGAAACUCUCGCACUUGAUUGAAAUCAAAAUUCAAGACUAUCGCGACGAGACGAACGUGUACGAUAAAGUCAUCUCGAUCGAAAUGCUCGAAGCGGUCGGGCACGAACACUUGCCAACUUUUUUUGAAACCGUUCGAAAUUGCUUAAAACCAAACGGCACGUGCGCGAUUCAAGUCAUCACCAUCCCGGAUGAACGAUACAAACAGUAUUGCGAAACCACUUCGGAUUUCAUCCGCGCGUACAUCUUCCCCGGCGGUCAUUUACCGUCCAUCUCCGCCAUGAAAAAUGCAGCUCCAAACGGAUUAUCCUUAGAUUCCUACGACGACAUUGGUUUACACUAUGCGGUUACUUUGCGUUUGUGGCGCGAACGCAUGCUCGCUCGAAAACAAAAGGUCUUCGACCUCGGGUACAGCAAACGCUUCGUGCGCAUGUACGAAUUUUACUUCGCCUAUUGCGAAGCGGCUUUUAAACACGGAUUAAUUGGCGAUUUACAAAUGACCUGGAAACGCGAUGGGUACGAUUUAGACGCGUUAAAAGCGAGAGACGAAGAGGAUAAAUUGAAAUCCAACGAAGCGGAGUUCUCUUGGGCCGUCUUCGCAUCCCUCCUCUUCCUCCUCUUUCUCUUAUUCGCCGUCUCCAUCCUGCUCUCCACGGAACGCGCGAAAGAGAAAUACACCGCGCUGAUUCUCCCACUUCUUCAACGAAAAGGCGCGAUAAUCGAUAACCCAUUCGCAACAAUCAUCAUCGCGUUCGUAGCAACCCUCGUCUUCCGAUUUAUGCUCCUGCGACGAAACAUCGCAAACGCGCGAGAAGAGGCGAAAAAAUUAGCCAAAGACCGUCUGGCGACGAUGCAACGCGAAGGCGGCGGAAGACUCGGAGACGGGUACGCCGCCGCGUGA